UCCUCUAGACGAGCUUGCGGAGUUGCGCAUGCAGAGAAGAAAAAACCCUCCAUAGUCAUCAUGACGCAGUUUUAAGAGAACCUUUUCCGCUCAGCACUGAAAGCUUUCAGUCCAGGACUUUCUCUUUUACCGAGCAAUUUUAAAUAUUCCGACUCUUCCCGCUUCCGAGCCGCAGAUCACCGGUGUGAUGCCCGCCGGGAUGUUUAGCAUCGACAGCAUCCUGUCCGGCCGGCCAAGCUGCAAGGAGCCGCUGCUGCUGCACCGGAGCGGCCCGGUGGUGCUGUCUGCCGGCCUCACGGACUCUAUCUACACCGACUACAACGGACUGUACUCGGCCACAUGCGGGCCUUCUCCCCCAGGUGUUCAGACUGUAAACGGGACCAGGAUAGGAUAUAACGGCUACUACUACGGUCAGCUGCAUGUCCAGGGCGCCGGAGGAGCUCCGCCGUGCUGCGGCUCUGUGCCCGGCCUCAGCCCGCAGCAGUGCCCGUGCAUCCCGCCAGUGUGGGAUGUUUCUUCGUCCCUCCGCCAUGCAGGCUACGACAGCCCGGGAUCGGUGCUGAUCUCUCCGGUCCCGCACCAGAUGAUGUCCUAUAUGAACAUGGGCAGCCUGUCGCGGACCGAGCUGCAGCUCCUCAACCAGCUGCAUUGCCGCAGGAAGCGGAGGCACCGCACCAUCUUCACCGAUGAGCAGCUGGAGGCUCUGGAAGGCCUCUUCCAGGAGACCAAGUACCCGGACGUUGGCACCCGGGAGCAACUGGCCCGCAAGGUCCACCUCCGGGAGGAGAAAGUCGAGGUUUGGUUCAAAAACCGACGCGCGAAGUGGAGGAGGCAGAAAAGGUCUUCAUCAGAGGAAUCAGAGAACUCUCAGAAAUGGAACAAAUCGACCAAAACGUCCGCGGAGAAAACGGAGGAGAGUAAAAGCGAGGUGGACUCAGACAGCUGAUGAUGACAUGUGUGUGUGUGUACAUAUCUGGAGGGUCGACGGCAUGCUGGUGGUGUGAUGAAACGUGUUGCAAUGUUGCACAGUUGUAAAUAUCUACGUUUUAUUAUUGAUUCUGUGUCCGCUAUUUAUAUUUAAUUUAAGUUUUGUAAUUUUAUGCACGCCAUGUGGGACGUGGCGCUCGGAGGAUUGACUGGCAUGUAUGGAUAUAUCUUAAUGUUAUAAGUGACACUUUUGUGAAUAUUAAAUGUUGUAAUUUUGGUAUUUUUUCCGUUGUAACAUUAUUCAUAGCGCUGAGCAGCCGCAGGGGAAACAUGUGCAGAGGCUGAGCACAGCAUCGCCACAGAGCUGGUGGGAAAAUAUGCCGAAAUAUUAUGUUAUUUUAUUUUGCAGAAAUGAGCAACGCUACGUAAAAGGACAACGAAUAUUCAUUAAAAUAUAAAUGAAACAUCA